GCUGUGGCGGCAGCCUCGAAUGCGUCAACGGCGAGGGCGACUUUCGAUCUGGCGCCGGGCAAACGGCGGGUGGUGUCGACUCGUGGGCAACCGGGCGGUCAGCAGUUCGCCUCAGUCGCUGAGUGUACACGCAGCUUCCAGUGCAGACCUUCACGACGAGCUGCCUCGGCGGCGGUAGCCUACACACGACGUGGGCUGUCGGCCUCGUUGGUUGCUUCGAACGCCGGCAAACGGGAGCACAGUUCGUUGUGCAUGACGCAAACACACUCGGCCUCGUUCGCAGAUACACGCUUCACACCCGCCUCCACGUCGACGUCCAUAUCCACGUCCACGUCCACGUCUACGUCUACGUCGAAGUUAACGUCGGCACCGACGUCCACAUCCAUGUCGACGGCUCAGGCGUCGUCAUGUCACCUCGCGACGGCCACACUGCUCUGCCCCACUGGGCAAUCUCCCAACCCUCGCCAAGCAUUCUCCGACUGCCUGGAGAGCGAGUAUUCUCGCGGAGUCGUUGACCUGGCCUAUGGGGAUUUCAAAAACCGUCCUACAGCCCCCGUGCCCGAAGCCUACGUCGGCCACCAGUUGCCAUGCCCCCUGUUGGGGCAAGAAGCGCACUCGAGCCCAAUGACAGUGAGCACACGAGCCAGACAACGAUGGACGCCGGGUGGUGGUCUUAAUUGUGCCCUCGAGGGCCUGGAGGUGCCGCGAGUGGCGUCCAGCCUCAGUGGACCGCCGCGUGGCGACAACGGUUGGGCGCAACGUCUGACCUUUUCGGCGAUUCGACCGACCGGAAGAGGCGCCGCAUCAACGGUACCACCGGGUCAGACAGCCUGCAAGCGUGGAAGUGGUCUUGCCGUGUCUUCGUCUGUCUCCACCUCCACUUCCAGCUCCGUUUCCAUCUCGGCUGGUCCCGCUGCGGCUGGCGAGAAUAUGCUCGGCCCGGCGUCUGGCUUUGCUCGAGUCGUCUUUGCUGAUGGGCAAGCCGGUCUUCUUCCCGCCAAUUCGGCAUCGAAUAUGACACCGGAGGCCGGAAUCGGCCAUGUCGAAGUGAAAAAGAGACCGAGACGCCAACAAGUGAGUCUUCUUUAUAUUGUCAAAUGUAAUAUCUUCCCUUAA